AUGGGGAACUGUUCUCUCAAAGGGGUCACUGGAGUUUGUCAUAACUCCAUCCGGGUUUUGACGGAUUCCGGAGCUGUAUUAGAUUUCAAAGGGCCGAUUAAAGCUCGGGACAUCCUCGAUGAUCACCCGGGAUAUGGCAUUUUCCGGCAGGGUCAAACUUCAUCACCAUUGCAAGACCUUGAGUGCUUAAUUAGUGGCAGAUUGUAUUAUCUACUUCCACUAAGCAAGGAGCAUAAGCUUUGCAAAAAUGGGGUCACUGAGCAAGUGAAAAACAUUGGGAUCAUUGAGCAAUUGGAGGCUGAGUGGAUGAGUGUGGUUGAGCCAGCUAAGAUGUCAUCAUAUGCUGCAUCAGAUUUUGUUGAUAACUUAGCAAAUGGUUCAGCUCUUGAAGUCCUGCCAACGGUUGGAGAUGGAGUUUGGAGAGUGAAGUUGGCGAUUGACACAAAACAAUUGGAGGAAAUCUUGUCAGAACAAGUGAAUACUGAGGCAUUGAUUGAGAAAAUGAGAAUGGUUGCAAGCUCUGCCAGCCUAACACCAAAGAGAACAAAGAGCGCUUGGGGAAUGAGUUGGAAGCCAACCCUCCUGAACCUUUUCAAGUUGCCACUUGAUAAUGGCAAAUAA